CAUUAUAAGUAUUGUUUACUCAGAGGUUCAACCACCACCAAACUUGUUUUCUUAGUCCAGCAAAUGUUUUUAAUGUAUCAAUAAAGUUCACUGAUCUGUUACCAGCCGUUACGUGUCUAUAUUUAUCUAUCCCUUUUCUCCUCCCACCAAAUUUUGAACAGAGAGAACUCAACCCCACACGCAUUCCUCAAACAAUUUAAUCCAAGAACAUUGUGUCGUCAUUUUGUGUAUGUGUUCCAUUUUCCAUGCCCCUUUUGCUUAUAAUCUUUCAACACCUUACCUUUUCUUUUAUGGUUUUGUGAGAUUCUUAGGCAAAAAAAAUUAUUGUGCCCUUAGCUAUUUUUCAUCAUCUAAUGGCACUCGGAGCUUUCCUAAAGCUAACGGGUGCCUUAACAUAAUCUUUGUGACAUACCAAAGCAGAGUAAAAACACAAUUUUUGUGAUUCUUGACACCCCAAUUCACUCUUUACACAAACUGCUAAUAUGUCAACAAUGGACAAGGCCAAAUCGAUAUUCAUAAUGACAGGCAGAAUGAUGAAUGAAGCAAUCAGUUUCAUUGUCUUCUCUUUUCUUGACAUUCUUGAUUUUCUGCUUUGUUACACUUACAAAGUAAUUGAUUUCAUCGUUGAAGCAGAGUGGAAACCGUGCUACUGCUCGUCAGCUAAAGAAGCUAUGAAGAGCAGUGGCACAAUCUUGGUUUCCGAGCAAGGAGAAUCCAAGAUUGUGUGUCUCAGUACUUCUUCUGGCCGCAACAAAUUGCAGCUAGAAGAAAUAUCAGACACACUCUACACUCGGUCUUCGUUAGUAUCUGAAGUGUCAAAAUCCACAGUGAAUGAACUCAAGCGGCUCAAAUUGGAAAAUGCCACAGUGAAAAAGGGAACCCUGCGAUCUACUUUCACUGUUAAUUCCACCAUUGUGGAAAUGCUCCAAGGCAAAAUUGGUGGCCAGCAAUAUCAUCCCAUUCCAAGAUGGUCGGAUUGUGAUUGUAAAACUUGUAAUUCUUGGUCCUCUUCUUGCAAAGAUACACUUUUUGUCCAUGUUGAUGGUGUCAAAGAGAACGUGCAAGAGAAUGUGAUCUUCAUUCAUGGGUUCAUAUCAUCAUCAGCAUUUUGGACAGAGACUCUGUUCCCUAACUUUACAAAGGCAGCAAAAUCAAAAUAUCGCCUAUUUGCGGUGGAUCUGCUGGGAUUUGGAAGAAGUCCAAAGCCAAAUGAUUCACUUUACACCUUAAGAGAGCAUCUUGACAUGAUUGAAAAAUCAGUGUUAGAGCCAUACAAGGUGAAAUCUUUCCACAUUGUGGCACAUUCCUUGGGCUGCAUUUUGGCGCUAGCACUCGCUGUAAAGCAUCCUGGCUUAGUUAAAUCUCUCACUUUACUUGCACCGGUAAGUUGCCACCAAUCUUCACAAGGAUUAUUUAAUGGAAAUGGUCUAAUUUUCGUGUUAUACUAUUAGGAAUUGCUCAAUUUUAUUCUAGUUAUACUUUUAAUCCAUUCAUACUUAUGUCGUUGGCAAAUCGUCUCGUAUUUGUAUGUACCAUUAGCGGAGCUCCAACGUAUAUUGGGUGGACUUUACAUGUCCAAAAUUUUUCGAGCAAAUGUUCAAAUUUAACACUAAAUAUUGGAGCUCCGUUAGGAUAAAAUUGAGAGUUUUUCCUAACGACGGGGUAGUAUUAGAUCAAAAGAUAGAUGUACCGUAUU